AUGUUAGUUGACCCAAAUGUUGCAGUAAAAAUAACAAAAGCCUGCUGCGUCUUACAUAAUUUUGUACGACGCCGAGACGGAGGAGACGGUGAAGGUAUUUUUGAAGACACUCAAAGCAAUCUCAUGGAAAGUAUAACGGAGAGAAGAGGUGUUGGAAAUUCACAGACCAACGCAAAAGAUAUUAGGGAAUACUUCGUGACAUAUGUGAAUGAUCCAAAUCAAGCACUUAGCUGGCAGAACAAAAUUAUUGGUGAAUAA